AUGAUAACUUUAGAAAAAUAUUAUUUUUAUGCGUACUAUGGAGAUUUAGAUUUACUUUUAAAAAACUGUAAGAUAGAGGAUGAUUUUACUCCUGAAUUACUAUGUUGUAUAUGUAAUGGAUUAUUACUCAAUUUCGAUUUUUGUUCUUAUAUGUUUUGUAAUCAUAAAGAAUUAUUAUGUAGUUAUGAAAUUCCUAAAUUUAAUUUAUUACUAAAUAAACCAGAAUAUUAUAAACGUUUAUCUUCUUUACGUACUCAUAAUCUUUCUUAUUUUAAUUUUGAUAUAAAUUUCGAUGAUAGUAUAUUUGAAAUAGAAAGCGAAAAUAUAACUAAUUUAUUGUCAGUCAAUUUUUUAUUUAAAAAAGAUAAAGAAAAUUUCAAUAAAAUAAAAUUAAAAAAACAAGUUGGUAUUUGUAAAUAUUUCAUAAGAAAAGGAUAUUUACCUAAUUACUAUAUCAAUGAAAAAUCUAAUCUAAAAACAUAUGGUCGUGAAAAAGGAUCUAGUGCUAAUUUAUUUAGCAAUUCAAUUUAUGAUUAUCGUGAGGAUAAUAGUCUUUAUACUAGAGAUUAUAACCCAAAUUAUGAUGAUUACGAACUAGAACCCGAAUUUCAUGUUCAUUAUAUAGACAUUAUAAAUUUACAUAACUUUUUAGAUGGUAAAGAUUAUUAUUCUAAAGAUUAUAGUAAAGACGAAUUUGAAAAAGAAGAUAUAUUAAAUAACACAAGUUUAGCUAUUUAUUGUUAUAAGAAUAAAAUAUAUUUAGAUUAUUGUCUUUCACGAUUUAUAACAGUAAGUACUAGACUUACUAUAGAAAUUCCAAGUUUUUUAUAUUGUAAAACACUACCACGUUUUUCAGUUUUAGAAAGUAGAAAGAAAGAUAACAUAUAUAUAUACUAUCAUUUAUUAUAUUACAGUAUUAUAUAUAUGUAUUCAACAUUUAUAAAAGAGUAUAAUAAAUUCGAUUAUGAAUUUAUAGAAUACAAUAUGUAUGAAGGAGCACGUAGAUCAUGUUACGAACUUGUAUUCAAUGAAUUUUUAGAAAAAAUAGAAAAAGGAAUGCCAGUAUACAAGUAUAUUGAUAUAGAGAACAGAAGAUAUUUAGAGGAACCCAUAAAGAUUGAUGUUAAUAGCCUUAGUAAGAAAAUGGAAUUUGACUAUACUAUAUAUACAUUAUGA